AUGUCGCUUACUGCUAAACCGGGCGACGAUACGACACUCCAAAGGUCGGCGACGAGUCGGCAGCCAGUGAGCGAUUUCUGAUUUUCUUCUGAAAUUUCUGCUUUUCGUAAGCUAUUCCGACCUUCUUUUUGUUCUUGACCCGAUAAUAAUACUUUGAUUUUCUCAUAUUUCGUUCCUAUUUUGCGUGACAACCGUCAAGAGCUCUAAAUAUAUAUUUUGUUUUUCCCUGGAACAACGUGGCAAUUCAGAAGAGAAAACGUCAUGGAUCGUCAAGAAGUGAGUGCCUUCCCCUCUUUCAUCUCAACUUUUUCCGCUUUUAUGGGGUUAUUCUGGCUGUAAAAAAAAUGAUUGUUUUCCGUUUUUUUCGUUUUUUUACGUCAAAAAAUCCAAUUCAGCGAUGUAAAAAAAACGAAAUAAACGGAAAACAAACAUACGCUGAAUAGUCCCAUUAGACGGAUAAUAAUGGGGUUAUUCAGCUGUGAAAAAAAUUGUUUUUUUCCGUUUUUUUAGUUUUUUACGUCAAAAAACCCAAUUCAGCGGUGUAAAAAAACAAAAAAAAAACGGAAAACAAACAUACGCUGAAUUUUUCAGCUGAAUAGCCCAUAAGUAGGUACCGCAACUGGUUUUGCAAAACUCCGAAUUUCCAUAAAAUUCUUAUUGGAAUGUGCUCCCCUACUCUAUAUGAGUACACUCCCAAUUUUUUUUCACAAAUUUUCGGUACAUCCCGAGUUAUACCUAGGGGGCGCAAAGGAGGGGGCGCGGCCUGACGAAUUUUCUCCCGAUUUCCGCGCGCGCAUGUUUGACGGUCUGUAGUGAGGUCCCCAAAUGACGUACCAUACACCGAGGAGGAGACGACCAAUGAGAAGAGCAGAAAGGCGCCGACGCCGAGCAACAAGAAGAAGGACGCGACGAAGGCCCCGAAUGUGGCGGUCGACCGGAAAAGUCCGAAGACUGAGAGCCAGAAGAUCAUGAAGGCGACGAAGAAGGAGUAG